AUGAACGGGGAACAAAACGUGAGCCCGCCGGGGCCCAGCACCGGCGGCUCCCACCCCUCCAACGCCUCCGUCUCCGACCCCGCCUUCGCUACCGCCGCGGCGAAGCGCUCGCGCGUCCUCCUCUCCUGCGGCCCCUGCCGCGCCUCCAAGCUCAAGUGCGACCGCUCCGAGCCGUGCGGCCAGUGCCUGAAGAAGUCGCGGCCGGAGGGCUGCGUCUACGCGCCCAAGCCCGAGAAGCUGAAGCCGGCCAAGGGCAUGGCGGCGCGGCUCAAGCGGCUCGAGGGCAUGGUGCGGACGAUGAUGGACGAGGGCGCCGCCGCGCCGCCGCAGAACCCUGCUCCCGCCGGGGCCCGCGAGGUCGGCGUCGCGCAGCCGGGCGGGCAGUUCGUCCAGGGGGAGAGGGCGAGCACGUACGUCGGCGCCACGCACUUCAUGGCGGUCCUCGAGGAUAUUGAGGAUAUGAAGAGCUUCUUUGAGGAGCCCGAGCUCGCCGAGGGCGAGAGCCCCGAGCCGUCGGACGAGCUCGAGUCGCCGGACCUGCUUCUCUCGUCGCGGGGCACGCCCCGUAACCGCGAGGACCUGAUGCGGCUGUUGCCCGAGCGGAAGGUUGUCGACCGGCUCAUCAUGCGGUACUUUUCCUCGCAUAGUCCCUCGCAACGUAAGAGGCCACUGCCGCGGGACGCCGCCUCAACGCACCCCCGCCCCCCCGACCUCUGUCGAUAUACUCGGCGCCGUGCUGACGCCCACCAGUACGCCCGGUUCUGGGCCGACCCCCACGGCACCCCGAUGAACUGGCUCGCCCUCCUCUUCAUGAUCAUGUCGCUCGGGGUCUUUUACUCGACGCUGAUGGCGCCGCACGAGCUCUCGUCCGACUCGCCGGUGCCGCCGAUGGACCGCUUCAAGCUCUUCCGCGCCGCCGCGGCGUGGUGCCUCAUCUGGGGCCGCUACACGCAGCCGUCCAUCGCCACGAUCCCGCCCUUCAUCCUCUACGUCGAGGCCGAGUUCAUGAUCUCCCGCGCCGCCCAGACAAACUGCUACGUCAUGUCGUCCGUGUGCCUGCGGCUGCUUCUCAAGAUGGGCCUGCACCGCGACCCGGACCGGCUCGCCAACAUCUCGGCCUUUGAGGGCGAGAUGCGCCGCCGCAUGUGGAACAUGGCCGUCCAGCUCGACCUCCUCGUCAGCUUCCACAUGGGCCUGCCGAGCAUGGUCAACGGCAUCGACAGCGACUGCGCGCUGCCCCGGAACCUCAUCGACGAGGACUUUGGCGAGGACACGGCCGUCCUGCCGCCCUCGCGCCCGGCCACCGACUACACCGAGAUGACGUACCCCAUCUACAAGUCGGGCGUGAUGCGCGUCUUCGGCCAGAUUGCGCGGCAGGCGCACCUCCUCUCGCCGCCGUCGUACGCCGAGGUCAUGCGCCUCGACGGCCUCCUCAACGAGGUCUGGGCCGGCGUCCCGCGCUUCAUGAUGGUCCAGCCCCUCGAGGAGUGCGUCACGACGCCGGCGACGCAGAUCAUCCAGCGCUUCGGCCUCGCCUCGCUCUACAACAAGGCCCGCUGCGUGCUGCACCGGCGCUUCCUCCUCGAGCCGCUGCCGCGGCGCGAGCACGACUACUCGCGCCGGCAGUGCCUCGAGGGCGCCAUCACGCUGCUCGACUUCCAAAACACAAUCUGGCACGCCUGCCAGCCGGGCAACAUGCUCGGCCAGAACGGCUGGUUCGUGUCCUCGCUCGCCGUCCACGACUUCUUGCUGGCCGCCACCAUCCUGUACCUGGCCGUGGGCAACGAGCUGUUCUGGGACGGCGGCGUCGAGCACGAGUGGACGGCCGAGAUGAGCCCGCCGCCGACGAGGGAGCACCUGCUGCACCUUCUGCAGCGGUCCUACUCGGUGUGGAUCAGCAUCGCCGCGGGCGUGCCCGAGGUGCGCAAGACGGCGGACAUCCUCGAGACGAUGCUGAGCAAGCUCGGGUCGCCGCCGAGCUCGCCGCCCAAGGACGAGGGCGGCAGGGUGUCGUCGACGUCGGGGCUGCGCGAGGCCGGUGACCCGGCUUCGGAAAGCAGGUCCGCUCGGGAGGAUCAGCUCCUCAACAGCCUUUCCAUCAGCGGUAAGAGCCCCUCCCUCCCCCCGCCCCAUGAGCUUGGCUGGGCCGACGACAGUCACCAAGUCACUGACGGCAUGGCAGAUUCGACCACGUUCCCUUCGAGCGCGGCAGAUAACCUUAAACCCUUCGACUUCAUGAGCUCGGGGCUGGGAUCAAGCGACUCCGGUCUCGACCGCGGCUGGGUCGCGGUUGGCAACGAGAUGGACUGGCGGUACUUCGACAACAUCAUAGCCCAGCCCAACAACGACCCCAUCGGCCUCGAGUCCCUCGAAACGAGCCAGCCGUGGUUCGACCGGGUGCCGACGCCGGCCGACUUUGAUUUCUCGGCUUCAGGGGCAUGGGAUUCCACGCUGGGACAUCAGGGUUGA